AUGAGUAUUCUUACACCAUUAUCUAGUAUUCUAUCUCAAUCAUUGCACGAACAUUUACCAUAUACAAGUUCUAAAUCAAAUUUAUUAUGUACAUGUGAUCCAAAUACAAUAUUUCGUUAUUCUGCUCGUCGUAAUACAGAUGAUUUACAUUAUUCACCUUAUUCUCUGUCAUCAUUAUCACUAACAUCCAUUCAUCUUUUACGAUUACCACCAGUUGGACUUAAUGCAGCCGUUUAUUUAUGGAAUGCUAAUACAAGUAAUGUAACAAGAUUAUGUGAUUUACAAACUGAAUUAGAUGCAGUAACCAGUGUAGCUUGGAAUGCUUGA